GCACGCCGGCGCACGGUUAUUACGUCACCGUCAAACGGAAGCGCUGGAGUUUUCCAGAAAGGGCUCUGAAAGAAGAUCAGGGAGAGGUUUCCUUCAUCUCGCGGAGUAAUCCCGGUGUGGAGAUUAACGGUGAAGUGUCGUUGAGGUGUGAGACUGUAGAUCAGACCACUGAGUGGACUUCAUCUCCUUCUGAACCUUCGGGAACACAAUCAUGACCACCAUCGACUACAGCGUGUGGGACCACAUCGAAGUGUCUGACGAUGAGGACGAUACACACCCCAAUAUCGAUACCCCCAGCCUGUUCAGGUGGAGACACCAGGCUCGAGUGGAGCGAAUGGAAGCGUUUCAGAAGAAAGGGGCGGAUCUAGAGAAGAGCCUGUUGGAGGCAAAGAAGAAGCUGUCUGAAGCCCAGCGCAGGGUGCAGGAGCUGGAGAAGGCAGGUACAGACGAGGCCAAAAAGGAGCUGGAGGAGGCCAAGAACCAGGAGAAGCAGCUGCGUAAGGAGGAGAGGGGCUGUGAGAAGAAGGUGGAGGAACACCGCAGAGAGGAGAAGAAGAUGCCAUGGAACAUAGAUACCCUCAGCAAGGAAGGAUUCAGCAAGAGCGUGUUGAAUAUAAAGCCUGAUGUAAAAGAGGAGACAGAGGAGGAAAAGGAGCAGAAGCACAAGACCUUUGUGGAGAAGUAUGAGAAACAGAUCAAACACUUUGGAAUGCUGCGUCGAUGGGAUGACAGUCAGAAGUACCUGUCUGAUAACCCUCACCUGGUGUGUGAAGAGACGGCGAACUACCUGGUGAUCAUGUGCAUCGACCUGGAGGUGGAGGAGAAACAUGCUCUCAUGGAGCAGGUGGCCCAUCAGACCAUUGUUAUGCAGUUCAUCCUGGAACUUGCAAAAAGCCUGAAGGUCGACCCCCGAGGCUGCUUUCGCCAGUUCUUCUCUAAGAUCAAGACGGCAGAUCAGCAGUAUCAGGACGCCUUUAACGAUGAACUGGAGUCGUUUAAGGAACGCGUACGCGGCCGGGCGAAGAUCCGCAUUGAGAAAGCCAUGAAGGAGUACGAGGAAGAGGAGAGACAGAAACGCCUCGGACCUGGAGGCCUCGACCCUGUGGAGGUGUACGACACUCUGCCCAAGGAAAUGCAGAAGUGCUUUGAUGAAAAAGACAUCCAGAUGUUACAGGAUUACAUCAGCAAAAUGGACCCAACGGUUAGUGUGCGGCAUCACAUGAAGCGCUGCAUCGAUUCGGGUCUGUGGGUGCCGAAUUCGCGGACAGACGAUGAUGCAGAGAAAGAGGAGGAGAAGGAGGAGGAGCCUCAGUAUGAGGAGGUGAAGACAGGAGACACUCAGUGAGCCCCGCCCACUUCCACAACACAAUUCUUCCCUAUUUUAAAUUACCCACAAUCCUUUGUUCUGCCCUGCAAGAUUUACAGUAAAUUCAUGUGGAAGAGUGAGGACAAUUACUGUGUGUGUGUUUGUGUGUGUGUGUGUGUGUGUGUGUGUGAGAGACAUUUUGUGUUGCUUCUGUCAGCUUGUCUGUUUCUCUUCACCUCUUGGUUGUGAAUCACAUGACCUUAAUAAUGCAGGGCUGUGAUUGGCUGAUGAGUGCAUGUGGUUCCUCCUA